AGUAGAGUGGCUCAACUCCAAUAAUUUCCAUUUGAAAAACUUUAGAAACAAAAUAACUUUUUUCGUUUCGCCAUUUCUAUUCAGUCUCCUAGAUCACACUCAAUAGAUUCUUCUUUCACAGCCACAACCCUAAUUCUGAUAUAGGUUUCAUAGCUAAACUGCUUUUCUGAUUGGAAGGUCAUGACCACCGGAGAUCUUCUCAACGUUCAACCUACGGAACUCAAAUUCCCAUUUGAAUUGAAAAAGCAGAGUUCAUGUUCUAUGCAAUUGACUAACAAGUCAGAUAAGUUUGUGGCUUUUAAGGUUAAGACGACCAAUCCCAAGAAAUAUUGUGUUCGUCCCAACACUGGCAUCAUUUUGCCUCAGACCACUUGCAAUGUUACAGUUACAAUGCAAGCCCAAAAAGAGGCUCCGCAUGAUAUGCAAUGCAAGGACAAAUUCCUUCUUCAGAGUGUUCCUGCACCUGAUGGCGCAACCGCAAAAGAUAUAACUCCAGAUAUGUUUAAUAGGGAGGAUGAUAAAGUUGUAGAGGAGUUCAGAUUGCGUGUAGUCUACAUCCCUGCUAAUCCUCCCUCACCCGUUCCGGAAGAACCUGAAGAAGAAUCAUCUCUGAGUGCUUCUGUGCUUCAGAAUAGUAAUCAAGAUGCUUUGUUGUUUGAAGCUGUAUCUAGAUCUUUAGAAGAGCCCACAGAGAAAUCUUCGGAGGCAUGGUCUACCAUUUCUAAAUUGACUGACGAGAAAGCUCGUGCGCUGCAGCAAAAUCAACAGCUUCGGCAAGAACUGGAGCUGAUGAGAAAACAAGUUAGCAAAAAUCGUGGCGGUGGCUUCUCUUUAUUUUUGGUGUUUUUGGUUGGUCUAAUAGGUAUCCUAGUUGGCUAUGUUGUGAAGAGAACAUAGAAAAAUACCAAAUAACUGGUAUGUAUUGCAUUGGGCUCUAGAUAUUUUUUUUUAAAGUUUUCAGCCUUUCCCUAGUCUUGAAAACUUUGUAGGACCACUUUCACUUAAGUUUGUAAAGUCAUAGUCUGAUGUAUCAUUGAUUUAUUAGGUGUCUGAUGUAUUACUUGUUUGUGGUUUUGACACGGUUAUUGUUGUUUCUAUCACGAAUGGAUUGAUUUAUAUUAA